GUUAUAACACUCCCUGCAAAAAAAAAAAAAAUCCGUAUUUGUCACUGAUGCCGUCAUUUCUUUAACAUUUAUUAAAAACUCAGGACUGAGUCUGCAGGAUUGUUUGGAUUUUAAACCCAAUCGCUUCGUCUUGAAGCGAUCUCAGGACGUCCGAAAUGUCUGCCAGCGCCGUUUAUGUGUUAGACCUGAAAGGCAAGGUCCUGAUUUGCCGUAACUACCGCGGUGAUGUGGACAUGUCUGAGAUCGAGCACUUCAUGACCCUGCUGAUGGAUAAAGAGGAGGAAGGCACUCUGUCUCCCAUCCUGGCCCAUGGAGGAGUGCGCUUCAUGUGGAUCAAACACAACAACCUUUACCUUGUUGCUACAUCUAAGAAAAAUGCCUGUGUCUCUUUGGUUUUCUCUUUCCUGUAUAAAAUCGUGCAGGUUUUCUCUGAGUAUUUUAAGGAGCUGGAGGAGGAGAGCAUCCGAGAUAACUUUGUUAUCAUUUACGAGCUGCUGGACGAGCUCAUGGAUUUCGGCUAUCCACAGACGACAGACAGCAAAAUCCUGCAGGAAUACAUCACACAAGAGGGGCACAAGUUAGACACGGGAGCUCCUCGUCCACCCGCCACGGUCACCAACGCUGUGUCCUGGAGGUCAGAGGGCAUCAAGUACAGGAAGAACGAGGUUUUCCUGGACGUCAUCGAGUCCGUCAAUCUUCUGGUCAGUGCCAAUGGAAACGUCCUCCGCAGUGAGAUCGUGGGCUCCAUUAAAAUGCGAGUGUUUCUUUCGGGCAUGCCUGAGCUGCGUCUGGGCCUUAACGACAAGGUCCUGUUCGAAAACACUGGACGAGGGAAGAGUAAGUCUGUAGAGCUGGAGGAUGUGAAGUUCCACCAGUGUGUACGGCUGUCCCGCUUUGAGAACGACCGCACCAUCUCCUUCAUCCCUCCAGAUGGAGAGUUUGAGCUCAUGUCGUACCGUCUUAACACACACGUGAAGCCCCUUAUCUGGAUUGAGUCUGUGAUUGAGAAGCAUUCACACAGCAGAAUCGAGUACAUGAUAAAGGCCAAAUCGCAAUUUAAACGCCGCUCUACAGCCAAUAAUGUGGAAAUCCAUAUCCCAGUGCCCACGGACGCAGACUCGCCCAAGUUUAAGACCACAGUGGGGAGCGUGAAGUGGGUCCCUGAGAACAGCGAGAUCGUCUGGUCCAUUAAAUCUUUCCCUGGAGGUAAGGAAUAUCUGAUGAGAGCGCACUUCGGGCUGCCUAGUGUGGAAGCUGAGGAUAAAGAAGGAAAGCCACCAAUUAGCGUAAAGUUUGAGAUCCCCUACUUCACAACCUCCGGAAUUCAGGUGCGUUACCUGAAGAUCAUCGAGAAGAGUGGAUACCAAGCGCUCCCAUGGGUACGAUACAUCACCCAGAAUGGAGACUAUCAGCUCCGGACUCAGUAGUAGAACUUCUCUCGUCUCCUGCUGUCUGACCCGCGUGGACUUGGAUCUCUCUCUCUCUCUCUCUCUCUCUCUCUCUCUCUGUCUCUUUGGAUCACUCUCCCUCUCUUUGUAUCUCUCUCUCUCUCUCUCUCUUUUUCUCUCUGCAAAGUUUGAGAUGAAUAAAACAGGUUUCAUGAUAUCAAAGACCUAAGAAGGACUGCUUAUCCAACAUACCUAUCCAUUAGAAGUUCUUUCCAAUUACGCUUUUGAAUCCCGUUACUGAUUCAUACAUAAAUUAAUUUGCUAAGUUAAUGAUUUAUGGUGUAAAGUAGUGAGUAGUGUAAUAUGAGAAGUCUCUCAAACACUGCAGACAUUUGUGUAUCUCAGGCCUGCUGUGACACAGGCCAUGUUUGUUUUUUUGCGGACCAUCAGUGUCUCUAUGUAUGUUUAUGUUCAGAGAUAUUCCUUCUGUUUAUGGUCAAUGGUCGGAAAACCAUUUUCAUCAUAACCAGUUUAAAACAAUCUUCAGUAGUAUGUCAAUGUAUUGGCAGUUAUGUGUGUUUACAGGAGUGUUUACAGUGCACAUGUCGUAUGUACUAUUUACUAACAGAGGUGGACAAAUCAUAAAUUCAUUAGCUAGCCCAUCGGGCAAGUAAAAUCUCUCCUGUGCUGCCCUGGCUCAUGUUUUGGUUGCCUGGAAAACUAAUUGAAAAAGGCUAAAAAGUGGUAUCUAUUGUAAUAUAAUGUGAUGCAAUAAAGUAUGGUGAGCUAGUUAGCUAGUUAAGUGCAUUAUUAUAGGCUAUGGGAAACAAACAUUAUCAGUUUAGCACAUCGUGUUUGAAACCUCGAUUAAAAAAAAAAAUUAGCAAGAUGUUUUACUUAUGAGAUUCGAUGUUUGGUCCUUGCAUUGCACAUAACAGAUUAUCUAAGUCUGGCUAGUGUUUAAUUUUCUCUCAUUAUGUUUAAGUGCAUGUGCAAAGCAGUGGAGUUUAUUUUACUCAGUUUUGUCAGUAUUUCUACAUAACUGCAUGUUUCUGCUUCUAAGAUCUAAUUAAUACGCCUAAUACAAACCAAAAUAAUAUACAGUCUGCCAGGUCGCUCUUCAGCCGAUGUGUGGAGUGCGGCAGGUGGUGGGAUUCGGAAGUACGUGCUAUAGUUGAGAUGUUUCGCACCACUGUGAGCAGUGAAGUUUAAAAACAUUUACCAAAUAUAAACAUUUCUUAAACCUGCCUCACUGCUGGGCACGUAUGAGUAAACAUCUAAAGCCCGAUUUGUACUUGUACUUGACACAUGCUGCAGUGAAAUUUACUUGUCCUGGCUGCCCGGGUUAGUGAUUUGUCCACCCCUGAUUAAGCACAUUUUAAAAAGAUCUUUGUCACUGAUGCUUAACAUCAAAUAUAAAGAGACAGUAUUUUGGUUUAAAAGUCAUUUUAAAGGCCAUCUGUUACCGUUAACAGAGAUUCAGUUACAACAGAUCAGUCAUAAACCUCCCAGGUCAAUCAUUUUCUUCGCUGUUAUAUUGUCUUGAUUGUAUAUUCAUCCAUCGAUUGUAUACUGUUUACUGUGUUCAUUAGGUAUUUUUACAGUGUCAGGCAUUUUUGUUUUCAGUAUUAGCAAACGAGUAGAGCUCAAGAUGUUGGUAUCUUAAUGAUACCACUUUAAUGUUUACCACAAAGCUUAUAUAAGAAUAAUAAUAAUAAUAAUAAUGCCAUUGCACACCAAAAUGGUGCUCGCUACAACUACAAUUCCUGCUACUAACAUUGUGCCAUUUAGGAUGUAUGAUUAAUUUAAACUCCUGUACACUCUGUUACAACUUAGCAGCAUAAGUUAUGUGUAUAUGUGUUUCUCUGUUGUGCUGCAUAUUUCUGAUCUGAUUGGAAAAAUUAGAAAUCACUAUCAAAAUGAUGCAUGACCUGUAGUGUUGGCGAUGGAGCGAGUCACAUACAUGCAUUCUCCUGAACAUUUCAUGUCUCUUCUCAGUAAAUGAAAACAAAAUGAAGUUCCUCUUUUCUCAACA